AGUACACUAUAAAGCUACUGCUGAUCUAACCGGGUGACUGUCGUCAUCCUCCAGAGCGCACAAAGCACGCAGUAGCCUAGUCAUAUUUCACCGGCGGAUAACGGACACCGGACAGGACAUUCCUCUUCACAAUGGAGUUGUUCCCAGGGCUGGUGAUGCUGGUGGCUCUAAUGGUUUCAGUUGGUGCUGAAGGUGGCGUCGGCCCCAGCAACAACUCCAGUUUCUGCACCGAGUCAAAGGAAUGUCUGGAGUAUGAGCUGGUGUGCAAAACAGACGAAUAUGAGGUCCGUCACUACAGUCCUACUCGUUGGGUGUCUACGGAUGCGGAGGCCUACUUUAUGGGGGUGGGAGCAGCCAUGGCCUUCAGGAGACUGUUCCAGUAUAUCACUGGGGCCAACAACGGAGGUCUCCAGAUGGAGAUGACUGCUCCAGUCCUGGUGAGGAUCCCUGAGGAGACCAGGAUGUGGGAACCAGCCAUCUACACCCUCAGUUUCCUGCUGCCAGCAGCCUAUCAGGAGAGGCCUCCCACACCUACCAAUGACAAGCUCUACUUUACUGAGAUGCCCUCUAUGAAUGUGUACGUGCGUAGCUACGGAGGCUGGAUGUUGUCAGUGACCUCCAGGCUUCACGCUCACCUACUGACCAAGGAGCUGGCCAGGGUCCAGGCUGACUACAACCACACCUACCACUACGGAGUGGGUUACGACAGUCCUCUGAAGCUGCUGAACAGACACAAUGAGGUGUGGUACGUAGCUGAGGGAGAGGCUGUCUGCUCUGACCCCCAGGAACCAACCCCACCACACACACCUACCCCCACACACACAUCCAAUGCCACACCCAAUGCCACACACACACCCAACGCCACACACACACCCAACACCUCACACACACCCAACGCCACACACACACCCAACACCUCACACACACCCAAUGCCACACACAUCCCCUCCAGCACCAUCUCUGACUCCCCCUCAGAUCUCCCAGCCAACCGGCCACCUACCCCCUCCCAGGCCCCCGAGGUGACCCCCUCUCAGGGCCCGGUGGUCGGGGAGACCCCCUCGGCCAACAGCUCUGACCCCCAGACGGACGGCCCAUGGAACAACACUGUGGAGGCCUCCCUGGAGGACACCCCCUCUGAUAACGCUGUUGCCGACCCCGCUGACCUCAACCUGGCCUAGUUCUGGAAUACUAUAUAUGACCCUGAACAGUAGAGGGGUACGGAGGGCUGCUGUGGUGAGAGAGCUCCUUCAGUUAGAUGUCCAUUUGGAAUUGGGCUCUUGCCUCAGUAUUUACUGUAAUACACCACCGCCCCCUACUGGUGUCAUAUGGUUACUACACAUAUUAGCUUUAUUCACCUGCCGCUCACCUGUUAUCCAUGUUACCACACUGAUCUGUUAUCCAUGUUACCACACUGAUCUGUUAUCCAUGUUACCACACUGAUCUGUUAUCCAUGUUACCACACUGAUCUGUUAUCCAUGUUACCACACUGAUCUGUUAUCCAUGUUACCACACUGAUCUGUUAUCCAUGUUACCACCCUGACCAAUGGCAGCGCUGUAGAUCUAACCCUGGCCAAUGGCAGCGCUGUAGAUCUAACCCUGGCCAAUAGCUGCGCUGUAGAUCUAACCCUGGCCAAUGGCAGCGCUGUAGAUCUAACCCUGGCCAAUAGUUGCGCUGUAGAUCUAACCCUGGCCAAUGGCAGCGCUGUAGAUCUAACCCUGGCCAAUGGCAGCGCUGUAGAUCUAACCCUGGCCAAUGGCAGCGCUGUAGAUCUAACACUGGCCAAUGGCAGCGGUGUAGAUCUAACCCUGGCCAAUGGCAGCGCUGUAGAUCUAACACUGGCCAAUGGCAGCGGUGUAGAUCUAACCCUGGCCAAUGGCAGCGCUGCAGAUCUAACCCUGGCCAAUGGCAGCGCUGUAGAUCUAACACUGGCCAAUGGCAGCGGUGUAGAUCUAACCCUGGCCAAUGGCAGCGCUGUAGAUCUAACACUGGCCAAUGGCAGCGGUGUAGAUCUAACCCUGGCCAAUGGCAGCGCUGCAGAUCUAACCCUGGCCAAUGGCAGCGCUGUAGAUCUAACCCUGACCAAUGGCAGCGCUGUAGAUCUAACCCUGGCCAAUGGCAGCGCUGCAGAUCUAACCCUGGCCAAUGGCAGCGCUGUAGAUCUAACCCUGACCAAUGGCAGCGCUGUAGAUCUAACACUGGCCAAUGGCAGCGGUGUAGAUCUAACCCUGGCCAAUGGCAGCGCUGCAGAUCUAACCCUGGCCAAUGGCAGCGCUGUAGCAGUGUGGUAACUUUAUUCUCCUUUAUCAUUAUUCAUUGUUUACAGAUAAACAGUUUUAUUUCUGUCACACUGACUAGAAGGUUCUCCACUCGUUGUCGUCUCCGUUGUGUAUUUAUUUGUCAUUAUUUAUACAUGUAUUUUCUGUCGUUUGCGAGCAGCUUUUACAUUCAGCUUGAUAUCAGUCGGUAGUGUAUAAUUGCUCACCAUGUUGUCUGUAUGACACUAUGGUGUGUGUGAAAAUGCUUAACUUGUAUCAUUAGUCAAACAGUCGAAAUGUAACAAUUUAAAAGUGAUAGACUGAUGUUUCAUCUGUAGAUGUACCCGAGAGGGUUUCUGUUAGUCUGGUUGUCAUAUCUGUCAAGUCUUGAGGAUGGCGCAAUAAAACCACUAAAACAAA